AAUUUGGGCCUAUAGGUGUCCGAAUAGCAUUUAAACUACUCUAGAUCUAGUAGUAUAUAUCUAUCUAGAAUCUAGUGCUAUUACUAUUAGUAUUACUUUUAGACUAAGAGCAUAGAAUCAGAAUGGGUAAAAUUGGGUUGCCUGAGUCAGCUAGGAAAACCAAUGACUUGGCAGAAUUAAACAUGAAUGGCUAGAUUGACCUAGGGACACACAUAGGACAUAAUCAAUGAUAAUCUUCUUUUUUUUUCAAGUAACCUCUGUAUAGUUAUUUUUACAUAUUUAACACAUCUAUGUUAGUAUACAAAUAAACUGAUCGUCAGAUGGGUGACUGGUCUGUUGUUUAGUCAUCUCGAUGGCACCGAAAGUCAUCAUGGGGCCCAAUCAUUGUGAUCUUGUUUUGGAUUUACACAUUUUGUAUGUGAUGCCUAGAAUUCUUCUGUAACAUCUCGAUAGGAUUUUUCUUUCUAGUUCUACAGUUAAGGUCCCAGAUUCGCCUAAGUAAAGAAAUGUCGCCAUGACAAGCACCAGCUAUACUCUUGAAUUUUCAAAUUGUCUAAAACUUCGCAAUAGCUGUACUUGUAGAUAGUGCAGUUCUGAUUUGUAAUUCAUGUCUUUUGUUUCAGUCAAUAUUUGAAGCUUUGACAAGCUAAAGCCCUAAUCACUUUUGGUCAUUAUGUGUGGAUUUUUUUUAUUUGCAUGCUGUACAUGCUGUGAAUGUCUUGUUUUAUGCCCAUAGAUCUAGAUAGUUUAUUACAAUUUUUAUUUACUAAGUCGCUGGGUACCAGUUAACAUAUGUCUCUCUCUCUGACACACAGAGACAGAGACCUGCCUACUGUUACGCAAAUGCGUAUUCGUUAAGCGAAACCUCCCCAAAAAGACCGCCAGUAUGCAAAUACGAAUUUAACCUGUUGCGUUAUGUAUUUCGUAUCAUUUUAUUUUCCUCUCUAGACUAGCUUACGAGCGGUCACGGAAGUCACGCUAAGCCGUCCUGGGGGGUGGAACAGAAAAGGUGGGGUGAACACAUUACUCCCAGAUCUAGUCUAUACGUUGAUUGGUUCUUGAAAGCAAUUAGAUUUAGUCGAGAAAUAAAGAACACAAGAGAGGUGGAGUGGCGGAUUGGUAUCAGUCCGAUAAUUACACCAACGCGACUCUUUAAUUUUUUUUAACUUCAUUAAUAUAAAGUAAUAAUUAAUUAAUUAUUUUGGAGCCUAAAAAGUCGAUCUAUCUAAUAAACUCUGAUUCCCUUAUUCCUUUAAAUAAUAAUUUUAAAAUUAUCGAAGCGCCAUUGAUUCAAAACACAUUGUAGAUCUAGAGUCUAGAUAUCUAGAUUUAGACAUUGUUACGAUUCUCUACAUUCUAGAUUGACUAGAUCUACUAUCUAGUACGCUUAUGAUCUAGAUCGAUAAAAUCUAGAUCUGUAUCUAGAUUCUUAGAUCAAGGUUCUAGAUCUAGAUGGGCCUAUGAAAGUUUGGAGUAGGACUAGAAUUGACUAGAUCUAGACUACGUUUGUAAAUGUCUCUGGAGUAAUGCUUUUCUUGUCGCAUAUAGGGGAUCCCAAAAUUGCAUUCAACAUAUAUUUUCCAGUUGCAUAUUAUUUGCAUAACUCUGUAGGAAAACGUGUUCUGUGGGCAGCAGUUAUUUCAGAGUGGUUAAACUCAGUUUUAAAAUGGUUGCUUCAUGGAGAGCGGCCAUAUUGGUGGGUCCAUACUUCAGGUUUCUACAAACAAGAACAUGUCCCACACCUGCAACAGUUCAGUAUUACUUGCGAGACUGGACCAGGUAGUCCUUCUGGCCAUGCCAUGGUCACUUCAGCUGUGUGGUAUGUUCUAGUAUCAGAUUUCUUGUACUAUCAACAAAUUCAAAGUUUUGGUCUAAAGAUUCUAUGCUGGGCUACUUAUGUGAUUAUGAUGUGUGCAGUAUGUUUGUCACGUUUGUUCAUAGCAACACACUUCCCACAUCAAGUUAGUGCAGGAAUAAUCAUAGGUAUUCUUCUAGGAAUGGUGAUGAAUUCAUUGGCCACAUCUGCACUGCAGCUUCCAUUUUAUCUCCUCACAUCAUUUUUACUUGCCUUUAUUGCCACCAUGACCUAUUUGCUCUUAAAUUUGGUAGGAAUAGAUCCAUUCUGGUCUCUGGCCUCAGCCACAAAGUGGUGUGCUUUUCAAGAAUGGGUCCAUCUAGAUAAAACAUUAUUCUAUUGUAUUGUCAGGGACAUCUCCUGUUUAUUAGGUCUAGGACUAGCAGUGUUUUGUUGCCAGUUUAAAAAACUGACCUGUAGAAGCCAAAAAACAAUAAUUUUACAAGUUCUGGUUGCUGUUUUGAUGCUCCAUGCAGGAGAUAGGUUGAAGUUAAAUAUUCAUAAUAUUGUACUCUUUUAUGUUGAAGCUUUUUUUAAACAUUUGUUUCUGACAUUUGUUGUUGCUGCAGGAAUUCCAGUUGUAUUUAGCUUAUUUUGACCAAAUAUUGUGAUUUCUUAUGAACAAUAAAAUAUGCAUUUACAUAUUUUGUCUUCAAAGAUAAUGGAUGAGCCAUCACUUCUUUCAUUUUUUGUUUCUGGAGUCUGGGCAGAAUCUGGUGUAACUUAACAAGCCAGGGUAAUGUUAAAACAUCAAAUGCUUAAAAGAAUUCUGUACAAUCCAGUUUGUAUACAUUGUAUUUAGCAUUAUUUUGCAAUGCAUUGUGAAAAUGUUAUACUAGUCAAACUAGCUGUGUUAGAAAUCUUUUCCUUUACUUCAUUUUAUAAAUUAUAGAUUUUCAAAACUAUUAUAAGUCUCAAGUGUUGACCUGAUUGUUGACUACAAGGCAAUGGUGUUUCUUGAUUAUGCCGACAACCUUUUUUUUUAAUGCUCUAAUGGCAGUAGGAAUGAAAAUGUACCAGUAUGAAUUUGUCCUAGCUUAUAGAAGAAAAUGUUUUUCUUCAUCUUUUGUGUCGUUUUGACUAUAUUAGUAGAUUAACUCUUUGGCUCCGCAACAAUGCACAGGACGUUGAUUUUAAAAAAGGGGAAUAAAGUCGGACCAACGCUGGGGGCAUUGGCUAUUUCAAAUUUAUUUUUUUUUGUUUCUAUUUCUCCAAUUCUUGUUUUUUAUUUCUUAAUUUUUUAUCUAGAAUAGUUUCCCUUUGCUAAACAUCCAUAAAUUUCCUUCAUCGUGUUUUUAUUUUGUACGAAGUUUGUAAAGAGAUUACAUUUAUUUUUUCUGUGUGCGUGUUUUUUUUACAUGGAGCUUCAACCAAGGCCAUAUAAACUUUGUAGAUCUAAAUAUUUUUUUGAUAAAGAAGUAUAGUAAUUCAGAUGACCGUGAUUUUGUUUCAUCUGAUGGUGAUAUUGAUAAAUCUAAUUAUAUAGAUCUAGAUCUAGUAAAUUAAUUUAUAGAUCUAGACCUGAGGCUAGGUCUAGUAAUGAUGAUUAUCAGCUGAUGAAGCAGCUCCACCCCCAGCUAAUGUUCAAUGUAGAUCUAGAACUAUUAUAGUUUAGCUGUCUCUACAUCAUCUAGAUCUAAAUCUAAUCAGAUAGAGGUAGAUCUCUAGAUCUAUCAUCUAGGCACUGAAAUAGAUCAAUUUCAGAUGUGUUCCACCAAGAAAUUGGGUUGUCAACCUAUACUUAAGCAGCACUGCAUCUAUUGAGCUGGAAUGUUGUUUUUUUCAUUGACAAUCACAUUGUUGAUAGUCUUGUCAGCAAAAUAAAUAGCUGUGCUGACCAUAGGUCAUAGGAUUAAAUUGAACACCCCUGCUAGAAUAAGAUCCAUUUUCAGAGAAUGGAGACCUAUAAUUAUAAAGAAAGACAGAGUAUGUAAACACUGUAGGUCAGGGAGAACGGUUUAUGUUUGCGCUGGAUGGGAGUCGAACCCACACAUUCAUAUUGACUGCUUCCAUGAAUAUCACAACUAGAAGGAAUAUUUAUAUACUAAGUACAUGAAGAACUUUAGAAGAAAAUACUAUAAAUAUAUAUAUGCUGUACAGUUUGACUAGUUUUAGGGUAAAAGUGUUUUGUUCCAAGUGUGUUGCUUUUUUUAUGGGCUUUUUCGUUAAAGUAGUGACAUUGGAUUAUUAGUUUUAGUUUAUUAUUUUUUGCAUCUAUUGCUGUUUCUUCUAUGGUGUUCUGUAAACAAAUGGAUAAGAAUGAGAAAAAAAGCUAUUUGGAUUUAAUUUGAACAAUAAAUUUCUUUAAACAUG